UCGUGUUGAAACAUGCGCAGUGCUGAAAUACCAGACGAUUCAAGAAAGGACAGAAGAAAUUUAUGUGAAGUUUAUUACUGAUUAUUGUUCUAUAAAAGGCUCAAAUUAAUUUGAAUAAAAACAAAAAGAUGGCGGAAGAUAAGAAAAGAGGUGAUGAUGGUGAUGAGCUUGGACCUGGACAAUUCUACGAACCUUUUAUACAAAAUGAAGAAUUAAUGGAUAAACUCAGUAUUCUAGAUUGUGGCAGAGAAUUUAUCCGUAAAAAUAAUCUGAAACCUAUUUCAAAACAUUAUUUCGCAAUACCAACAAAUCCUGGUGAACAGUUUUAUAUGUUUACAUCACUGUCUGCAUGGCUCUUACGGAAAUCUGGGAAAACAUUUGAACAGCCACAAGAGUAUGAUGAUCCAAAUGCAACCAUAUCUAGUCUUUUGGAUGAAGUCAGAAAAUUUAAUUAUAAAAUAGAUUUUCCUCCGUCCAAGUUAAAACAAGGAUGUGGUGAACAAUGUUUAUAUGUAUUAAGUAGAUUAUCCGACGAAGCUAUCAAAUAUACAGGAUUUAAAUGGAAAAAACCUGUUUAUCCGGAAGAAGAAGUUGAUGAACAACAUGUAGUAGAAGAUGAAAAUGAAUUGACAUUAAAUACAGUUGAUGAUACACCUAUGUUUGAUGAUGUUGAAGAAGAUUUUGAAGAAGAAGAUGAACCAAUCAUGGAUUUAGAAGGCAUGAAACAUUUAAACAGAAAAAAUGCUGAAUCAACAAAACCAGAAGAAAUAUUAGAAAGUAAUCAAGAUGCUGCUGAUUGGAAACUAGAAGUAGAAAGAGUCAUGCCACAAUUAAAAGUCACAAUUAGAACUGAUAAUAAGGAUUGGAGAGUUCACUUGGAUCAGAUGCAUCAACACAAAGAUGGCAUAGAAACAUCACUCACUGAGACAAAAACUUACCUCGAUAAACUUCACGACGAGAUCAGUCGUACACUGGAGAAGAUAGGCAGCAGAGAAAAAUACCUCAACAGCCAAUUAGAACACUUGUUACAUGAUUUUAGAAAUAUACAGGAACAGUCGACAGAAACUAAAGAAAGAUAUCGUCAAGCUAGUGGAGGUGUUACAGAACGCUCGAGAAUUUUAGCAGAAGUAACAGAAGAAUUAGAAAAGAUAAAAUCUGAAAUGGAAGAUCGAGGUAGCAGUAUGACUGAUGGAGCCCCUCUGGUAAAAAUAAAACAAGCUAUCCAACAGAUAAAGAAAGAAUCAACCCAGAUGGAUAUUCGUAUCGGAGUAGUGGAACAUGUUUUACUUCAGGCUAAACUUAAAGAUAAAGCUACACUCAGUAAACAAACGCAUGAUAUCUAAUCUUUAUUUUAUUUACUAAAAUAGGUGUACAUAUCUACAGUAUAUUUAUUGUAAAUAGCCUCCAUUAUAAAAUAUGUCCCUCGUAGAUAUACUGAUGGUACUAUCUCAAUCUAAUUAAAACACAGAUCCUAUUUCGUUUCGUUUUUUAUAGUUCAAAAUUUUGUUUUGCUUGUCUUUACUACACUAGGAUCUGGAAGCGUUGUUAUAUAACCCGCGGUCUGGAUGAUGUGAGGGUUUAGCCAAUGAAACAGUCUGUUACGGCAAGUUUUUAGCGUGAGGUGCAUGGAACUGUGGGUAACCCACUAGAAACAUCAAUGCUGAUUGGUUAAUCAAAUAUCUAACAUCAUAAGGGUCAAAAGCCGCUCGUUUGACCCCUGACGUAAACUCCCACUAUAACUUGUCAGAUCGUCAUGUAGUGUAGGCCUUCAAAAGUAUAUAAAAACCAAAUGAAUUAUAGAUCUGUAUUGUAAUCAGAUUGACUGAUGGUAUUAAUGUAAAUAUCUUUCAAAUAUGUCCCUCGUCGAUAUACUAAUAGUAUAUCAAUAAAUAGCGUUUGUUAUAAAAUACAUCUCUCAUGGAUAUUCUGAUGGUAUAUGUUUAUAAAGAUAAAUACAGUAUAAAAUCUUCAAGAUAUGUCCAACAUCGAUAUACUGAAAGUAUUAAAGUAAAUAUCUUUAAAAUGUCCCUCAUUGAUAUACUAUUGGUAAAUCUUUAUAAAGAUAAAUAGUCUUUGUCAUAAAUGCUUCACUUUAUCAAUGGUAUCAAUUUAAAUAUGUUUAUUUAAGUAUAACUUUAUUCUGAAAUUCCGUCCCCCAUUGUAAAUAUCUUUAUAAUUAUUCAACAUUGGUGUUAGUGUUCUUUAAAGGUCAUAAUCGAGACAUUUAAGUGGAUCGUCUGGCUUUAGAAUACAGUAACAGGAAACUGCAAAAGGGAUGGGCGGAGAUGAGAGACUACUCCAAUUUUCGAAGAUUGUCAACUACAAACAUUAAAAAUAAACAUUUAUAAUGAAUUUGAUCCUUGGUAAUAAAUAUGUUUUAUAAAUAUAUUUAUGAAUUAUUUGUCCGUAAAUGGCUUUAAAUCAGAUAUUGUCUUAUAUAUAUAUUUUUAUUUUAAAUUAUACAAAGGUAACAGUAUCUUUGUAUAAAUUAUUAGUUGAGAGAACAGAUAUAUGAAAAACAUUCCGUCCUUAUAAUUGUGUCUUUUCUGACAUCUCAUUUAUAUAUUUGUUGUUUUAUUUUGUAUAAAAAAUGUCAUAAUGAUAUAAAUAUUUAAAAAUUCAA